AUGCAUGAUAUUUGCAAUUAUGAUGCAUACUUUGUUCAAAAGUGUGAUGCUGCUGGGGUUUUGGGACUUUUUCCAGAGCAAAAGCUUAUAGCUGUUAUACGACUGUUGGCGUAUGGUUCAUCUGCUGAUCAGGUGGAUGAGAUUGCCCGGAUAGGGAAGUCCACUACGUUGGAGGCCUUGGUAAGAUUUUGUGAUGCAGUCGAAACUCUGUACACUAGGGACUACCUGCGCAAACCUACUCCUAUGGACCUCCAACGGCUUCUACAAAAAGCCGAAGCUCAAGGAUUUCCAGGAAUGAUUAGUAGCAUCGAUUGCAUGCACUCGCAAUGGAAGAAUUGCCUAACUGCUUGGCAAGGAGAUUACGGAAAUAGAAAAGGCCAAAAAAGAGUUGCCGGAUCCCAAAAUGACCUCAAUGUGCUGGGUCAAUCCCCGGUCUUCAACGAUGUUUUGAGAGGUGAAGGCUCGAAUAUCACCUAUCAAAUCAACAAUAUAGUGUACCAGACAGGGUGUUAUCUAGCUAACGACAUCUACCCGAGGUGGACCACAUUUGUCAAAUCCAUUAUGAAUCCUCGAUCCCAGAAGCAAAGAUUAUUUGCUUCCUAUCAAGAAGGAUACAGGAAAGAUGUUGAAAAGUGUUUUGGCAUCCUCCAAGCUCGGUGGUUGAUUAUUCGAGGUGCGGCACAUAUGUUUGAUGAGGAGCUCCUGAGAAGCAUUAUGAUGACUUGCAUCAUCCUCCAUAAAAUGAUUGUGGAGGAUGAGUAUGAUUACGAUGUUGCAGAGGUCUACGAACCGGAUCCCAUUAACACGGCCUUGACACGAAUUUAUGAAAGGUCCAUGGGGCCAAGUGGAGAACCGUUUGAGCCAGAUCCGUUGGUUAGAGAUUGUCGUUUCAUGACCCGUAUGAUAGAUCGAUAUACAGAGAUGAAAUCUUCGUAUAUUCAUGAAAGGCGUCAACUUGACUUGAUGGAGCAUCUAUGGGCGGUGAAAGGCAAUGAAGGUGAAUGA